AUGGCCAACCCCAACGACCCCCCCCUCGACGAGAUACAAUGGCGCUCGCCGCCCAUACUCGCCUCCAUGGGCGGCCUGCACUCCAACACCAUCCUCUUCUACUUUGCCGAAUCGCCCUUUUUCGAACGAACAUCCAACAACGCGGUCAUCAUGAGCCAGGCGAUGAACAACAUGUCCAUGUACCACUUCAUCCAGACGCGCGAGGUUUUCGAAGGCCGCCUCAAGACCAUGUCAGGGCUCGAGUUCAUCGUGGGAGAGGAGCCUGCCGAGACGGGGCCCGGAAUGGGAACGGGCGUCUGGGUCAUUCGCAAGCAGACGAGGCGGAAGCGGUACCAGGAAGACGACGAGAUUACCGUCCAUGCUUCCUUUUUCGUCGUGGGAGAGAAUAUCUAUAUGGCGCCCACGCUCGCCGACAUACUCGCCUCAAGGAUUAUGAUGAUAUCAUCGGCCAUAUCCAAAGCUCUGCCCGCUGCCGAACAGGCCCAGACAUGGAACCCGGCCACGGGCCAUGUCUAUCGUCCUCCCCAGAGCCAGAGCCAAGCUACGGGCCGACAAAAGGGUCAGGGAUCGGCUGACGGCACGCCGGUGCCAGACGGGGCCGCCGCCAAGUCAACGCCUGCCUCGCAAAAGAACGACGAACUUUCACUGGAGAGAGCGUCCGAGGAGGCGUUUCUGACGCAUAUGCGCCAUGGUGGCGAAUACAUUGACGAGAAUCCCAUCACCGGUCGGCCAGGCGAGUUUCACCUGUCGUCUACUGGCCGCAAAGCGGUGCCUCCACCUCAGGUGACGUCCGGAUCCGCCAUGGGCGCGGUGAACGGGCCAAAAUUGAACACAAAAUUUGACGACAAGAAGGAUGGCAAAGCAGACAAGACGGCCAAGUCGGCCACGACGCCGAAACUGAAACGCAGGAAGAGCAAGAUAAGCAACGGAAAUACGCCGGCACAGACGCCGACUGCAUCCUGA